AUGGAACCAAGGUAUCGCUGGCUUAUUGAUAAUACUGACAAGAAUGGACUCUGGAUGGAUACCCUAGAAGAAGCCAGGAAGGAUUUCCAUAAAACCCAUUCAGAGGAAUCUAAUCAAAAACCAUGGACUUUUUGGGAAUACUGUAAACAAAUGUGGGUGAUAAGAAAGCACUGCUCUUUUGAGGGAAUGAAGGGUUAUCAUCACUUCAAAUGGGAGAUCACAGCUGAGGAUGAUUAUGAUGAUUUUCUGAUUGGAACUGAAUACUUUACCUCCGAGUUAGAAUCGUGUAUUGAACAUUUACUCCAGAGCACGAGAGAAGGAAAAGCCUUAAAAAGACCGGGAUCUAGGGGUUCUUUUGCACAGUAUCUCCAUGGAAUAAUUCCUUAUUUUCCAAAUGAAAAAGGUAUUCCUUGGAGGAUAGGAGAUUAUGCUGCUGCUGCUGCUGCUGCUGAUGAUAAUGAUGAUGAUGUAAUGAUGAUCCAAAUGGAGCUUUGUCCCGUAAUCGUUCUUUCACCUGGAAUUCUUGGACCAGAUUUUGGUAAAAAAGCCGAGUUUUCAGCCUUUGUAGAGGCAAAACUGGAUCCACCGCUUGACGCUAAGUGGCAAAGAAUCAAGAAUGGCGAUGCCGAAGAUAUCAAAAUAUAUGACAAAAAAUAUUUUGAAACCCAACUUCUGCCUUCUCCAAAACUUGUCAUUAAUACAGUGGACUUUGAUGACGUUGGAUAUUUUCAGUUACAAGUCAAAAUCUCUGGAGGCUGGUGUGUGAGCAGCACAGUUCAUAUUGAAAAAGUCUGGGGAAUUCUUCAGUAUAAUAAUGCCUGUAAUGCCACUCGAGAAUGUGAUGAGAGGAUGUACUUACAAUGCUCGAACAACAUGUGUCUCUGCUCUAACAGCUACUACCAUCGUAAUGAAACAUGCUUUUAUAAGUCGAACCUUCAAGCCACCAAUCUAGUCCACAAUAUCACAGAAUCUAACAUCAAUGUGGGGUGGAAUGAGCCAUCGGUGGACUCAAAACUGAUACAAUGUUAUAGCGUCACCAUUAAGGAAUAUUCUGGAUCAGUUAAAGUUAAUGCCUCUGUGGGAAAGCAUACAGAUUAUAUGUAUAAGUCUGAUUUUCUUCCAGGCCAUCGAUAUGUCUAUACAAUUACAUCAACGGUGCAACUAACUAACCCACUCGAAACUAUCUAUGUUCAAACGAGUCGGGAUGUUGUUGUAGAGCCCCUUUCUCCAGGCCUUAUUGAUAAAAACAACAGCAAUUUUCAUCCAGAAAAACUUUAUUUGAGAUGGGAUUUGCCAGGAAACGAAACUCGUGUUGACAGAUAUCAAGUAAGCAUUGAUGGAAACACGAGGCAUUCAUCUUCAAAUUAUAUAUCCUGGCCGAUUAGAUUGGAGCCAGGAAGAGUUUACCCAGUUACUAUUAUUACUGAGAGUUGGUAUUGGUAUUCCUUUGGUAGAAACAGUCAACCGUAUAAGGAGAACAUAGAAACAUUGCGUACUCCAAAGGUAAUCAUUGCCAAUGGCAGUUCAAUAACCAUCCCGUUCCUAUCAAAUCUGGUGAUUAUGGCCUCCGUACAGAACAAUACCGAAUUUCCUGCUACUUUGGAGACGAAAUGGCAAAAAGAUGGAGUAGAUAUCAACAUUACAGAAUCAAGAUACAUGGGCAGUUCCCUUGAUCUCUUUAAUCCCAAACUGGUCAUCAAUGUAGUGGAUUUUGAUCAUGAACAUAACAAUUGGUAUCGGUGUAUUGCGAGGAAUGCGGAAGGAGUAGGAACAAGCACCUAUGGAACAUGGGUGUAUGUUAGAGGGAGUCUUAACUUUUCUGACACCUGCAAAGAAACCCAGGAAUGCCUUCCAAGUAGAUAUUUCACAUGUCGAAAUACAAAGUGUUUUUGUCAGUCAUCCCAUUAUCACAAAAAUGGAGUUUGCUAUGAUAGAGAUUAUCUGAAAGCACGAGUUAUUGAUGUACAAAGCUCCACAUGUGACAUAACGAUUAAAUGGAAACCUCCAUAUCAGGACAAACACCUUUUAUCAGGCUACGAGGUUGUCUUAUCGGAAACAGUUUCUGUUGGAAAUGCAACGGAGUAUAAAACACCGUGUACAUUUCAACCAGGUCUUUUGUACUUCGUGAAAAUUCGAUCUAAUAUUUUAUUAAGUGAUCCAAAAGAGAACAUCAGCGUACACACAUCUGGUUAUGACACCAUAUUAGAGCCACUGAAACCCGGACCCAUUCUACGUGAUUUGAGUAAUUUUUCUGCCGAUAACCUUUACCUAAGAUGGGAGAAAUCCGGUAAAAACAGUUUUGUUAACCGUUACAAAGUCAAAAUCGGAAAGCGAGAGCAGAUGACAAAAGGAAAUGUACCGGAGAUUUACUGGAAAGAACUUUUGUUACCCGUUACAUUGUACAACGUAACUAUCACAGCAAUAAGCUAUGGGUUUCUAACUAAUUAUCCUUCUUACGGAUCAAGGGAGAGUCUCCCGUCUCUGUACUGGAUAGAAACAGGUGAAAGUCAAUAUACUGGAAAAGCUUACAUGUCAUAUGGAGAUGGAGAUUACAUCUUAAGUGGGGAUGACGUUAUAAGCGGACCUCUCCGAUCCCCAACAACAGUUUUCGUUGGUGAUGGAUCUGAAGAAGGUUUCAAUACAGUAUACAUUGGUUCAAAUGGCAUUAUUGGACUAGGAGAAAGGUUUAACAACAUUGUGGUACAUGAAAUGGAUUCUAAAAAAGUCAAAGAGAAACAAAUCAUAUGCCCUUUUUGGACUGAUUUAUUGUCAGUAAAUGAAACUGGAAAAGUGUACUACAACACAUAUAGAAGGGGAAUCCAAGGAGAUAAUAUAGACUCUAUGUUCAUGGAAAAAGCAGAUGGUAUUGUCAAAAAACAUUUCAGAGACUUGAGAAAUUUCAGAGCAUCAUGGCUUGUAAAGGUUACUUGGGAGAACAUGACUUUAUAUGGCGAUAAAACAAAGAAAGUCACAUUUCAGUGCUUCCUUAUCACAGACGGUGAGAAUACGUUUACAGUUAUUAACUACGUUGAUGUAGAUUUAAAACCGAUUGGGAAUAGAAAAGUCUCCAUUGGAUAUCGUUACAAAAAAUUCUUUGCUAAAAACUCUUUCACCAACCGUAAAGGAGCUUUCCGGAUGAGUGUGAACCCAGGAAAUAGAGGAGAACGUGGUUUCUGGAUUUACAAAAUGACAGAAAGUGUGCAUUCAAAGCGAGAAGAACAAGAAUGUUUCGUAUGGUAUGACAAUAAUGUCGUGAGUCAGAUACGACAGAAAUUAUCUCUCACUUUAAAUAACAUCGAAUGUCCCUGUGACCCACGUCUUCUGAAGUUUGAUCCACGAUACACAAUCAAUAGGUUCGACAGCUCAAACAGAAUGUUGUGUUACGCUUCACUGACACUCGACAUGAACUUGGAAUGUUGCUACAAUAUGUAUGCUGAUACGAAACAUUUAGGGCCCUUAGAUCAAUCAAAACCUUUAGCAGGGACGGUUCUGCAGUACAACCCCUUUUUUGAAACAUACAAGUACAACAAUUUUGAUCUAAAACCAAGGAAUCAGUGUUGCAAAUCAGGCCACUGUAAUUGGUAUUACGAAGUCCGUCCAAUUCCUCGUUGCUACCUAAGGUCACCUUUUCAACCUGGAAUUAACUUUGGAGAUCCACACAUAACUACACUUGAUGGCAAAGACUACACAUUUAACGGGUAUGGUGAAUACACAAUGAUGAAAAUAAAUACCAGCACAAACACCUUUGAUCUUCAGGCUCGAACAGAGCUCGCUACAUCAGAAAAUGGGACAUCUAUUAAUGCCACAAUAUUUAGUGCAUUUGUGGCCCGAGAUCAUACAGGUUCAAAAAUACAAGUCGAAAUGUCUCGUGACAAAAAGGAUAUGAUAAUUCGAGGCAACGGGAUGGACCUGACAACAAAAUUAAGAAAUUCUAGCUAUGUUUUUCGAACACCAAACAUAUCUAUUCUAAUGGAAAAUCGAACACUUUCGGCAACAUUUCUCAAACCUUUUAUAACGAUAAAAAUAAGUCUCGGAAAACGUUUUCUGAUUUGUGAGACGCUGGUCAACGACAAGCACAAGGGACUUACGAUAGGCCUGAUGGGGAACUUUGAUGGAAACAAGACAAAUGACUUCAUUCUUCCGAAUGGAACAGUGCUAAAAGAAGAUGAUAUGAACACUGAAAGAAAUAUUUACUACAGAUUUGGACAACUUUGGUCUGUUAACGAGCAGUCUUUAUUUCAAUAUGAGGAUGGAUUUACAUACAAAAAUUUUACUCAUCCCGAGUUUGUACCACUUUUCACUGAUGAGGUCGAUGAAAACCGAUUGAAGGAAGCAAAACAAAAAUGUGGAUCAGACCCUUCUCAAGCCUGUAUAUCAGAUUACCUUGCAACAGGGGACAUUGGUUUAGCAGAAACCUCUGGUAAAAAGGACAAGAAUUCGAAAUCAGAUGUCGAAGUCAUAGAAAAUGAAACACCACAGAUAUCGGGAAACACAACAAUAAAUGUGGAAGUCGACAAAGAAGUAGAAUUAACAUUUAAUGCUUCCGACGAUGGUAAAAUGAAACCAACAUAUAAACUUUUAAAACAACCAGACAAUUUCAGUUUUGACGAUGAAACAGGAAUAGCAAGAUGGAUACCCCUCAUUAAUGUCUCUGAAAUCAGCAUUAUUGCAGUAGAUGACAUGGGGGCACAGUCUCCUUCAUUGGACAUCUCUAUUAUCUUGUGCUCUGGAUGUGGUGACCAUGGAGUUUGUAAUUAUGACAAUGCCAUAGCUACUGAAAAUGACCGAUUUUACCGGGCAGUCUGCAGUUGCCACAUUGGAUAUUCCGGAGAAAACUGUGAGAAAGAUACAGAUGCCUGCCUGGAAUUUCCCUGCCCUCUGGAUAGAAACUGUACUGAUCUGACCCCGGAAGAAGAGGUCAGACUUGGUCGUGAAUACAACUGCACUGAAUGUCCAUCUGGUUAUAAAGACAAUGACAAUAAAUGUCAAGAUGUUGACGAAUGUGCAUCGGCUGAACUUAAUAAAUGUGAUGAGACCAAAGAAACAUGUCUGAAUAGAGAUGGAGAUUACAUAUGUAACUGUAAAAAUGGAUAUAGGAAACAGGACAAAGAAUGUGAGGAUAUUGAUGAAUGUUUAGAAGGACAGUCUGGAUGUGAUCAUAUAUGUACAAACACUCCAGGAUCUUUUCGUUGUACCUGUUACAUGGGGUUUACGCUAAAUAAGGACAAUUCCACUUGCAAUAAGAUAGAUGAUGAAAUCUGUAAAAGUUCUGAGAUGCAAUGUGAAUACGCUUGUAGUAAUAUAGAUGGAAUCAGCCAAUGUAUCUGUCCCGCUGGUUAUAGGUUAACAAGUAACGACAAAAACUGCACAGAUAUUGACGAAUGUGCACUUAAAACUUCUCCAUGUGAACAAGAUUGCGUUAACAUCAAUGGAUCAUUUAAAUGUGCAUGCCGUCCGGGAUUCAAGUUAAGGGCCGAUAAAACGUCUUGUUCAAGAUGCGAGCUACCAUAUUACGGUGUCAACUGCUCACAAGAGUGUAAUUGUGGUCCAGGUGUAGACAGGUGUGAUCCAGGUCUUGGUUGUAUUUGUAAAGAUGGAUGGACAGGGAAAAACUGCAGUGUUGAUAUUGAUGAAUGUCAUCAAGAUCCAACCAUAUGUGGAAUUAAUAAAUUGUGUAAAAACAUAGAAGGUUCUUUCAAAUGUCUUUGUGAACAUGGAUUACAGGUCUUUGAAGAUAAUUGUAAAGACAUUGAUGAGUGCCUGGACGCAUUACUGAAUGACUGUCCACAAGACACAACAGACUGCUCUAACACAUUCGGAAACUACACCUGUGAGUGUAAGAAGGGGUUUCAGAAGAAAAAUAAUGUUUGUGAAGAUAUUGACGAGUGUUCGACAAGUCUUCACGGAUGUUCACAGGUCUGUGUAAACGUAUUAGGUGGCUACAACUGUGCCUGUUUUUAUGGUUUUACAUUAAAGGAAGAUCGAAUGACCUGUGAAAUAGAAAAGGACUCUUGUACCUCCUUCCCGGAAUUAAACUGUACUUAUGGUUGCAAACGAGAUGCAGUUGAUAAAACCAAAGGGAUUUGUUUUUGUGAAAGUGGAUAUGAACUUGACAAAGACAACAGAACAUGCAUAGACAUCAACGAAUGUAAUGAGGUUUCUGUCUGCGAUCACAAUUGCACCAAUAAGGAGGGCUCGUUUAACUGUAGCUGUACUGUAGGUUACCGACUUGAAAAUGAUGGCAGAUCAUGUAAAGCAUGUGACCAGUAUCACUACGGUGAGAACUGUGAUAAGCUUUGUCGAUGUGGAAGAGGAGCUCGUGUUUGUGACAAUGUACACGGGUGUGUAUGUAAGCCAGGUUGGACUGGGGACACCUGUGACGUAGAUAUCAACGAAUGUGAAAAUAGUCCGUGUACGGGACCACAUGAGAGAUGUGUUAAUGCUCCUGGAUCCUACCGAUGUGACUGUAUUAAAGGAUUCAAAAAUUAUUCGGGGGUCUGUGAAGAUAUAGACGAAUGCCAGGAACCGUUCUUAUGUCACCAUAAAUGUGAAAAUACACAAGGAACUUAUAGAUGUAGUUGUAAAAAGGGUUAUCAGCUCAUAAAUGAGAGAGAUUGUGAAGAUAUUAAUGAAUGUAAUUCUGCUAAUUGUGGCUCAUGUUUAAAUUUUCCGGGAGGCUUUGAGUGCUCCUGUCAUGAAGGAUACCGUCUGAACGCAACGACAAAAAGAGAAUGCUACAAUAUUGAUGAAUGUAUGGAAGGAAAUCACAACUGCUCAAUGAACGCCAUUUGUACUGACACAGACGGAAGUUUUAAGUGUAGCUGUUUGCGGGGAUUUGAGGGCAAUGGAUAUGUCUGCACAGGCUGUCAAAAUUUUACCUUUGGGGUUCAAUGUUUCGACAAAUGUUCGUGUGUUCCAAACAAAACUGAUGAAUGUGAUGCUAUCGACGGGAAAUGUCGAUGUAAAAAGGGGUGGACCGGGUCAGACUGUUCAGAGGAUGUGGAUGAGUGUCAGGGAAAAAAUCAGAUCUGCAGUACAGAACUUUAUCAAACCUGCGUGAAUACUCCGGGUUCUUUUCACUGUGAAUGUCGUUUUGGUGGACAAAAUCUUUCUGAUUGUAUCCAACCAAAAAGACCACAAAAGAUAAAUAAAACGGAAGUAAAAGUGAAAGCUGAAGUCAAAUUUGACAUCAAUAAGACUAGAGAAGACUUCUUGAAAAAUAGCCAGGACUGGCUUAAUAAGAUUCAAACAUCGCUGGAGGAAUUCUACAGAAAAGAAAAGAUUCAUGGAUUUACUGCAGUAGUUGUACUUUCAAUUCGCUUUGGGAGUCUCAUUGUGGAUCAUGAAGUUAUUGGGGUCGUAACUGAAACAAAUGAUCUAGAAAAAGGCGUGAGUAACACCAUGAUUAAUCUGUUAACUGGCAACCGAAAGAUGAAUAUCUUGGGACAAGAAACAGGCAUUAAAGAAAUAACAAUAAAGCACGAAAAUGGGACUUCGAAGGCCACUAUAACAACUUUAAUUGCGACAUCGCCGUGUGUUUUGUUGAACAUUCUUAAUGCCUGUAACUCUGGAGAAAGAUGCGACGAUCUAGCUGGUGAAGCAACUUGUAUAAAAGAAAAGUCUGAUUUGUCAGGCAUUUCAACAUACAUUGUCAUCCUAGGAGUAAGCAUACCUUUAUUCAUUACGGUCAUCGUUCUGACAUUUAUUUGUGUCCGAUAUCAAAAGAAGACUGAGAAGAAGGAAAUUCAAAAUGAUGCCUACAGAUCAAACCGGAUGGAUGUCUUAAAAGGGAAUGAUGAACAUAUCAAACCUUCCAGGGACUAUGAUUCAAUUAAUUCCAGAAGCAAGUAUCAAAACGAAUACCAAGAACUUGAUUUUUCUAGGGACACCACUGAGGGUUGCAGUAAUCCGAAUUACACUUUGGAUUCCAUCUAUGUGAAACUCCAACCUGACGAGCAAUUUCAUAUCAGGCGACCUAACGUAAAGUACAGUGCUACAAACCAAUACUGAUUUACCGGAUAACGAUGAGUAUCGGAGAGUUUGAUGUCAACUGGAAAAGACGGGGAAAAUCUUACUUUGAAUCUAAUUUUCGUUUUGUUGUGUAUAAUGAUUUUUAUCUGAUUGAAAUUUACUUAACCAAAUAUUAUAUCAAACAAU